AUGGAUAGCACAGUGGCUAAUUAUUCGGUAGUAGGCCGUAUUGGGGAGGGCGCUCAUGGACUGGUCUUCAAAGCCCGCCACCUGCCCACUGGACGGGAAGUGGCGCUCAAGAAAAUACUCAUCAAAAACCUUGAAGACGGCAUCCCUGUUAAUGUUAUGAGAGAAAUAAAAGCGUUGCAGCUACUUCGUUGUAAAUAUAUCAUCAAGCUAUACGACAUGUUCCCCCGCGGAAUGAGUCUGGUGCUGGUGCUAGAAUACAUGUGUUCAGGGUUAUGGGAGAUGCUGCACCACAGCCAGCAAGAGCUCACGCUGCCCAGAGUGAAGACCUAUGCGCAAAUGCUACUGAAGGGAACGCGGUAUAUGCACGCUCACUACGUUAUGCACAGGGAUUUAAAACCGGCAAAUCUACUGAUCAACCAUGAAGGUAUACUAAAGAUUGCAGACUUGGGUCUGGCGCGUCUCUAUUGGCCUGACGGCGGCAGACCCUAUUCACACCAAGUAGCUACAAGGUGGUACCGUGCCCCAGAGUUGCUUUAUGGCGCACGAUAUUACACGGAAAAAGUUGACCUCUGGGCUGUGGGAUGCAUUAUAGCUGAAAUGAUAACUAAACAACCUCUAUUCUCGGGUGAAUCUGACAUAGAACAACUGGCAAUAGUGCUUCAACACCUUGGGACGCCUACAGAGGAAUCGUGGCCAGGUCAUAAAGACCUGCCAGACUACCACAAGAUCACCUUCCCAGAGUCCUCGCCAACACCCUGGUCGGAAUUGUUGCCUGGAGUCGAGCCUGAUGCGAUACAUCUGAUUAAAUCCUUCAUACUCUACGACGAUAACAAGAGGAUAUCAGCUAAAGAGGCAUUGAGGCACCAAUGGUUUCAAAACAGGCCACACCCCGCGUCAUUAGAGGACAUGCCCAAGCCAACGCCAAAUAAAUCAAAAUAACUAUGAAAAAUAAUUUAUAUGAAAAUUAAUUAAAUGAAAAACGAAA